CACGAAUCCAAUAUGGCGCCUAUCGGCGGAAAAAGUGGAGCUCGAUCAGCCGACAUGAACGGUGAAGGCGAUCAACAGAACUUAUGGUCGUCUAUUUUAGGCGAAGUUUCGUCACAUUCUGGUUCGAAGCUGCCGUCGUGUAAAUCCAUCCUAGUUUUUGGUGAAGAUGAGGCGGGGAAGACAACUCUUAUAUCAAGGCUACAAGGCACAGAUGACCCCAAGAAAGGUCACGGCCUUGAGUACCUUUAUCUGGAUGUACAGGAUGAAGAUCAAGACGACAGCACAAGAUGCGGCGUUUGGAUCCUAGGCGGAGAGCCGGAACAGUCGGACCUCCUCCAGUUUGCCCUGACGCCAGCCAGUAUGAGCCACACCCUAGCCAUUAUAGUAGUUGACAUGUCCAAGCCGUGGUCCAUCCUGGACAGCUUGCGGAAGUGGGUGGACCUCUUAAGAAGACACAUAGACACAUUGCGCAUGCCGCCGGAGCGGCUACGAGAAAUGGAAGAAAGAUUGGUGCAGCAAUUCCAAGAGUACGUUGAACCCGAGGAGGGGGAGGAGCCAAAGUCCCCAAGGAGAACGACGGCCCCGGCAUCGGUGGGCGGGGAAGACGAGAAGGUCCUCUUACCGUUAGGAGAAACGACACUCACGCAUAACCUGGGUAUACCCAUUGUGGUUGUAAUUACAAAGUCCGACGCUAUUUCCAGUCUGGAGAAGGAGCAGGAUUUCAAGAUGGAACAUUUAGAUUUUAUCCAGCAACAUAUCCGCAAGUUUUGCCUCAACUAUGGUGCGGCAUUAUUCUACACAUCAGUAAAGGAGGGCAAGAACUGCGAUCUAUUGUAUAAAUACCUGCUGCACAGGAUAUAUGGCUUUCCCUUCCACAAGCCGGCACUAGUCGUAGAAAAGGACGCCCUGUUUGUGCCUUCUGGUUGGGACACUAUACAGAAAGUAGGCAUCCUCUAUGAGAAUAUGCCUAACAUUAAUCCCCAAGAACCCUUUGGAGAUGUUGUAGCUAAGCCAGUAAUCAGAAAGCCGUUACAAGACAGUAAAGAAAUUAGCGCUGAAGAUGAACAGGUCUUCCUGAUGAAACAACAAGCCAUGCUGAGUAAGAACCUCCCUCCAACCAAACAACAGGACGCACCACAGAGACCAGCCAUAGGUAUGAGAACACCAGAAAGGAAAGGCAAUGCAGCUAACGCUGCACCCAUAACACCAUCUGGAAAGGCCAAGAUGGAUGCUGGAAAGCCGGGAGCAACAAAUGAAGGGGUGCUAGCCAACUUCUUCAACAGUUUACUAAGUAAGAAAUCAGGGCCGGGGUCACCAGGGUCACCGGCUCCUCCAAAACCAGGUGACAAAUCAGUACGAAACGACGCAGCAGCAGAGCUGGACCGUAUGACCAGGGGCCGGAAAUCCAUCCCGGGGCAAAACGCCACAGGCGCAUCCUAGCAGGGCAUUGGGAGGCUAAACCUUGUGGGGGAAAGGAGGGUGAACAGUCGCCCUCACAAUCUCAUCCAAGGGAUCAAAACCUAGGGCGCAAUAUCAGCUGUCAAGCACACAAAAUCUGCUCGGACUGAUCUUGCUAAGCAGGAACAGGUUACCAGCCAAAAUAACAUGUAAUGUAUGUUGUUUACGGCUGGUUUCCUGCUUACUUGUGCUUAGCAGAAUGGUUUGCUAAGCCCCUCUUCUCUGCUUAACAGCUUGAUGAGAUUGGACCUAGGGGGUACUUCAUAAAGUAAACAGUGUUUUAAACACAUUCAUUUACUGUAAUAAUUGUAUGGGAAGCCAGUCAAGUAAAGUAAGCAAUUCAGCAAUGUAAACUACCUAUGAAUUUUUGGCUCAGAGACUUUUUUUUCAGCCUGCCCAGAUUUGAUUCCCUAGCACUCUCUAAACUUAACCAUUAACAUGUUCAAUGUUGUGUGUAGGUGACCAGCUAUAUCGUCAUGUGCUUAAUACUGUUUGUAACUGGUCCCCUGCUAAAUUCUGCUUGCCUGCUAAAUUUGUUGACCAAUAUUCCAUGGGGCUAAUUUCAUCAAACGUGUUAGCACAAAAACUUACUAAGCACAGAAACUUACUAUAGACAGAAAAAUCUUGCUGAGAAGAAGUAGUUUACCAGCUAAAAUGCCAAACAGUUAAGAUCGAUGUGACUGGUACCCAUACUCAGUUUUUUUAGCAAAGAAAUUUGCUGAGCAGAACAUUCUGCUUAGCAGUUUGUGCAAUUUGGCCCAGGAAAGCUGUCCCAUGGCAUUUGGCCAUGCUUAUGUAAGUUUUCGGUGUGGUGAAAUGGCAAAAUAUUAGGAAAGUUAUAAUGUGAUAAUGUUAACACAAGCUUCUUCCUCUGUCUUCUUUCCGGCCCAAAUUGGGAACCCAUUUUGAAGUUUUAAAAUUAGCACCACAAAGUCUUAAGCAGAUGAAAUCUUCGCACAGCUGUUAACAUUUAUAAAACGCUAAAAAAAAAAGAACAACAAAAUAAAUAGAUGACAAAUUUGUCUAAAUUUGCAGUAUGCCGAUUAACCAGGAAUUCUCUGGUAAUUUUUCUUAAAGUGAAAUGUGGCCCCUUUUCCACGUUACAUUUUCUUCAAGCUGCUAACAGUAAAACUUCUUUGUCUAUGAAACUAAGUUCCCACGUUUCAAAUACCUAUUUUGAACAACUCCAAAUAACCCAAGCCUGUAUUUUUAGCAGAGGCAAUUCAAUUCCCGUGGUUAUGGCCUUGGUGCCCCCAUUAAACACUACGCUUCAAAGACUUUGCAACGGAAGUGCCUUUUGCAAAGUGACACUGGCCUUGCCCUCUCGAUGAUGAAAUACAGCGGGCCAUUUUGUCAGCUGCCCAAGGUUCAUUUAUGAUGAAUCAAGUGGUGUUUUCAUCCCAUUUUAGGGGCCAGUCUGUUUACUCCCCAUCUAGGUGUUGUUUGGUUUAUAUGAAUUCCUGUUGGAGAAAUGUGUGGCGCCUUGAGUACCAAGACUUUUUCAACAUCUGGCCUGAUACUUCUAAGAGGCAAUUGCCUCCAUCCCCUUAGUCAUCGCCUCGGUGCCCCUUGAGAUGCUUCAGUAGCAUUUUGAUUGCCCUCAUAGAGGUGCCCUUUACUGAGGCGAAACUGCCUUGCCCUGAGAAGUCCAAAGUAUCAAGCCUGCAACAGUAUUUACAAAACUUUUAUUCUUGUUCAAAACAUUGU